GGUGGAGCAGCAAAAAGUUUGGCGCCGCGGUUCGGAGGAACGAAGAUGACCGGCCAUGAAGACGCGUCCGUGAUGGAAUCGUUCCGCCGAAAUGUGUUGGAAAAGCCAGAGGUCUUCUUUGCACCGUCGACAGAGCUCGCGACCGAGAUCGCGCACUUCACCAAGUACUUGUUCGACCAAGCCAAGAAAUUCGAAUCAGCCGAGAGUGCUGCGUCAUCGUUAGAUGCACUUUAUGUGGACGGCUUCGAUGCCGACCAGAUUUGGGAACAGUUGAAGCUCCAGAACGAACCUGUGGUGAAAGAAGUCGGGCGGCAGAUCAAGAAGCUCGCCAAGAACCCGACCUCCGUGGCGUUCUUCGCAGGCGAAACGUCCGACGAUGCCACGGGUGCUGGGAACAGCGAAUCUGAAGGCGACAUUGCAGAAGAGCAGGACAACGAUAUGUCGGAAGGCGAGGAAGAGGACUCUGAACCGAAUGACCGCGAUGACCGGGACGACGACGAAGAAGAAGACGAGGACGGCUUGGACGAUGAAGACGAGUUGACGUCGGCGCCAACGAAAUCGUCGACAGGCUCCAAGAAGCGCAAGCGCCGCGACUUGGAAGAUGGGUUUUUCGACUGGGACGAAAUGGAAAAGGCCGCGGAAGAGGAGGAACUGGACGAUGACGAAGACGACGAGAAUAUCGACGAUGACGCGGAAGGUGACGAUGACGACGAUUUCGAAGACGAAGAUGACGACGGGUUGAAUGAGAAAACAGCCACUUACAAAGACUUGUUCGACGAGCCCACGGAAGAGGGCGACGAUGGCGACGACAAUGAAGUUGACGAAGAGGUUGCCGAGGAGGAAGACGAGAAGCCAUCGUCGAAGCGAAAGGCGGCGACAUUGCUGACCGACGAACAAGAAGAGGAACUCGCGGAACGAGGUAUUUUGUCGACACACCAACGCCGAUCGAACCACUUGCAUGAUCAAAUCAAGAGCCUCGAGGAGGAAGCGCUCGGUGAUAAACCGUGGGUGCUCAAGGGCGAGGUCAAGGCGUCCGCGCGUCCGGAGAACUCGCUCCUCGAAGCAACGCUCGAGUACGACCGGCCGACCAAGGUCGCGCCCAUCAUCACGGUCGAGGUGACGCAGGAGUUGGAAGAGCUCAUCAAGAGUCGCAUCCGGGACGACAACUUCAACGACGUCGUGCGCAAGUUGGCAGUGAACGAGAAUGCGCAGAAAGAAGCGACGGAGCUGUCAAUGGAAAAAAGCAAAGAAGGCCUCGGUGAGAUUUACGAAAAGGAGUACAUGAAGACCGCGAUGGGCUUCGAAGACAACUCGGAGCUGAAGAAGGAGCAGGAAGAAAUCGACGUGAUGUUCCAGAAGCUGUGUUGGAAGCUCGACGCCCUCACCAACUUUCACUUUACGCCGAAACCAAUCGUUCGGGAAAUGCAUGUCACCCCCGCCGCCCCCGCAAUUACGAUGGAAGAGGCGGUCCCGAUUGCCGUCAGCGAUGCCAACCUCCAUGCACCCGAAGAAGUGUACGACAAAAAACACAAGCGAGACGGGGUGGUUCGGUCGCGCGAAGAAAUGUCACAGGAUGAGCGCAAGGCUGCGCGCAACGCCAAGAAGCAUGCCCGCCGAAAAUCGCGCAAACAAAAGGAAGCGGACGAAAAGUUCGUGGCCAAAGUCAACCCGGGCAUGGGCAACAAGUACGAAAAGAAGAAACUGCUCGACAGCUUGCAGGCCAAGAAUGUGUCGACGGGCAAGGCGAUCGAAGGAUCGACGCGGCAGUUCUCCAACUCGUCCGAGUUCUUUUCCCGAUUACAGGACGAGCAAAAGGCGGCAGCCGCGGGCCAAGCCCCUCGUUCGUCCUACAAGAAAAACGACCCCAAGGCGGGGCGCGGCGCGGCGUUUUACAAAUUGUGAUGACUAUUUUACUUGCAACCAACUCGCUCUCUUUCCG